CAUUUUAAAACUACCGCAGGAUGAAGCCACUGUCAAAAUUGGACUUUGGCGGGAGGCUAACCUCGUAGAGCUGAAGGUAGGGGGUUCCUUCGUGUUCACCCACCUGAGUGCCCAGGCGACCGAGUCGGGAGUCAUGCUCCACUCGACAACGUACACGGAUGUAAAGGCCUGCAACUCCAGCCUCAUCAUUACCGUCGUUGGUAUACUCUAUGGGGAAGAGGUGGUGGAUGUUGUGUCGGAUUCGGGGGAAGUGACAGUCAUCAAACUUGAUAUCUGGCAAAAAACCUUCAGCCAGCCCCCCCAUAUCCCACAAGAUGGGAUGCCCAUUACUGUCACCCGUGUGCAGGGUGACGUGACAAAGAUUGAAUGUGUGAAUGAAUGCAUGAAUGAAUGAAUGAAUGAAUGAAUGAAUGAAUUGUUCAAAACAAUUGAAUGUUUGCAAUUUAUUGAAUGCAUGAAUGAAUGGUGAUAAAUAAAUGUUACAUGUUCACUUUUCGAACAACAAAGGACACUGAUGUGUUUGUUUUAUUGAUUUGUUAACACUGACUAUCUCUUUUAUGUAAUGCGUUUGUGCAUUAGUUUGUGGCCUUCUAUUUUCAUAUGUUUCAGAUUCCAUUUGGGAAGGUUAGUGGAUGUAGUUUAUCUUUGAGAGAGCUCUUAUUUUACUCAAUUAACAUACUACAAAUGAGCAAACAAUAUGAUAUCAAACUGGUUACUUUAAAUUUGUACAUAUAAUAUUCAUAACACUUCUAAUUUCUACAUUUUUCCACCGAUUCAACUUGUUCCAACUUUCAACUGUUCAUCUUUUGCCUACCUAUUCCACAACUUCCCACUUACCAAAAACGUCACAUCUUUCAUUUUGAAAUUCAACCCAAAUUCUCUCAAAUUCCAUUUUUCUACUCUAAUUUCUACAUUUUUCAACCGAUUCAACCCAUUCCAACUUUCAACUGUUCAUCAUUUUUCUACCUAUUCCACAAUUUCCCACUUACCAAAAAUUUCACAUCUUUUAUUUUGAAAUUCAGACCCAAUUCCUUUUUCCGUUCUCAUUUCUACAUUUUUCAACCGAUUCAACCCAUUCCAACUUUCAACUCUUUAUCUUUUGCCUACCUAUUCCACAAUUUCCCACUUACCAAAAACCUCACAUCUUUUAUUUUGGAAUUCAACCAAAAUUUUCUAAAAUUUCGUUUUUCUACUCUUAUUUCAACAUUUUUCAACCGAUUCAACCCAUUCCAACUUUCAACUGUUCAUCAUUUUCCUACCUAUUCCACAUUUACCAAAUACUUCACAUCUUUUAUUUUGAAAUUCACUCCCAAUUCCUUUUUCCCUUCUCAUUUCUACAUUUUUCAACCGAUUCAACCCAUUCCAACUUUCAACUGUUCAUCAUUUUUCUACCUAUUCCACAACUUACCAAAGAUUUCACAUCUUUUAUUUUGAAAUUCACACCCAGUUCCUUUUUCCCUUCUCAUUUCUACAUUUUUCAACCGAUUCAACUCGUUUCAACAUCAUUCUGCAGCAUUCCUUAAAUAUUUAUUCAACUUCUUCACCUUCACACGCAAUUCCUUCAGGAAUUGCAAAUUCUAGUUAGUGUGAAGGUGAAGACCUUCACACUAUUGUUAUUCCUGUACUUUAUUAGUGUGAAGGUGAAGACCUUCACACUAUUGUUAUUCCUGUCCUUUAUUAGUGUGAAGGUGAAGACCUUCACACUAUUGUUAUUCCUGUCCUUUAUUAUUAUUAGUGUGAAGGUGAAGGCCUUCACACUAUUGUUAUUCUACAACAUUUUGCGCUACCUUUUCGUUAGCUUUCUUUGGCGCUUAACUAGUUCCACAUACUUCAACCGAUUCACUCCAUUCCACUUUUCACUUAUUCCAAAAAUUCAUGGCAUGGGUGCUCACAGUUUUCUCGUUCCAAAAAUUUUCCGUUUUCACAUAAUUCACAAAUUUAUGGCGAUUUUUGCCCCAUUCAUUCUUAAUGGCAGAUUCAACAUUUCACAUUUACGUUGUUCCAGUUUGAUAUUCACAUAAUUCAACACAUUCAAAUCACAUUGGGGACAUUCCCAAACUUGCCAAAUUCAAAAUUUUCACGUUUUCACUUUUAAAAUUUGCAUAAAAUUUUGCAAAAUUUCAUAAAAUUUCGUUUUUCACUUCUAACUUAUACAUUUUUCCACCGAUUCAACUCGUUCCAACUUUCAACCAUUCAUCUUUUGCCUACCUAUUCCACAACUUCCCACUUACCAAAAACUUCACAUCUUUUAUUUUGAAAUUCAACCUAAAACUUCACAUCUUUUAUUUUGAAAUUCAACCCAAAUUCUCUAAAGUUUCCUUUUUCUACUCUAAUUUCUACAUUUUUCAACCGAUUCAACCCAUUCCAACUUUCAACUGUUCAUCAUUUUUCUACCUAUUCCACAACUUACCAAAUACUUCACAUCUUUUAUUUUCAAAUUCAUUCCCAAUUCCUUUUUCCCUUCUCAUUUCUACAUUUUUCAACCGAUUCCACCCAUUCCAACUUUCAACUGUUCAUCAUUUUUCUACCUAUUCCACAAUUUCCCACUUACCAAAAACUUCAUCUUUUAUUUUGAAAUUCACACCCAAUUCCUUUUUCCCUUCUCAUUUCUACAUUUUUCAACCGAUUCAACCCAUUCCAACUUUCAACUGUUCAUUAUUUUUCUACCUAUUCCACAACUUCCCAUUUACCAAAAACUUCACAUAUUUUAUUUUGAAAUUCACACCCAAUUCCUUUUUCUCUUCUCAUUUCUACAUUUUUCAACCGAUUCAACCCAUUCCAACUUUACACUGUUCAUCAUUUUUCUACCUAUUCCACAACUUCCCACUUACCAAAAACUUCACAUCUUUUAUUUUGAAAUUCACACCCAAUUGCUUUUUCCCUUCUCAUUUCUACAUUUUUCAACCGAUUCAACCCAUUCCAACUUUCAACUGUUCAUCAUUUUUCUACCUAUUCCACAACUUACUAAAAACUUCACGUCUUUUAUUUUGAAAUUCACACCCAAUUCUCCAAUAUUUCCUUUUCCCGUUCUCAUUUCUACAUUUUUCAACCGAUUCAACCCAUUCCAACUUUCAACUGUUCAUCAUUUUUCUACCUAUCCCACAUUUUUUUUAACCUAUUCCACAACUUACCAAAAACUUCACAUCUUUUAUUUUGAAAUUCACCACAAAUUCUCAAAAUAUUCUACAUUUCUCAAGUAAUUCAACAUGUUUCCACAUCGUUCGGCAGCAUUCCCCGAAGAAGUUAUUCAUACAUUUCGCCUUCACACGCAAUUUCUCCAGAAAUUGCAAAAUUCUAGUUACAAAGGAAACUUUGACUUUGAAGAAACCUCUAUGACGUUUCUUUGAUAAGUGCAUGUUGCAUUUGGUGUAAUGGCAUGAUACUGACUGAGUCUUUUCUGGAUCAACAGAAGCAAAUUCGAAAAAUGGCAACCCCAGAAAACACUCCUCAAGAUGCAUACAAUGAGCUGAGGGCCAUUUACAAGACGGAGCUGGCGAAAGCCCGUGCGGCUCUGGUCUUAGAGGCCACAGAGCGUGAACGUCUGCAGGUGGAGUUGUCCAAGCUGAGGAUUGAUUUUGACGAGCUGGAAGCAAGGGACACGAAGAAAGAAUCCGAUCUGGCUAAAGCCCGUGCGGCUCUGGUCUCAGAGGCCACAGAGCGUAAACGUCUGCAGGUGGAGUUUUCCAAGCUGAAGAUUGAUUUUGACGAGCUGGAAGCAAGGGACACGAAGAAAGAAUCCAAUCUGGCGAAAGCCCGUGCGGCUCUGGACUCAGAGGCCACAGAGCGUGAACGUCUGCAGGUGAAGUUGUCCAAGCUGAAGAUUGAUUUUGACGAGCUGGAACGCAUUUGA